AUGCUGGACGGCGACCACCGCGCAGCUGACGGCGGCGGCAGACGCGAAACUGAAGGCGAUGGCGAAGACGUGGCUUCGGCCGCCAGCUCGGAGACCGCAGGGACGGCGGCUGCCGCUCGGACAGAGGCAGCCGUCGAAGAUGUCAGCGACAGCGACAGUGACAGCUUCAGCUGGACCAGCUCCGUGGCCGGCGAGUGCCUGGCGGACGAUGCGGUGCCAGCGAACGCGCUCGCGGAGGCGGGGGUGGACCAGGGGGGUGUGGUCCCGUUCGGGCUGGCAGACCCGCGCCGCCACCUGAGUCCCGGCCCCACCUUCGGUAACGUUGCCGUCGCCAACUCUACCGACGUCCAGUUCGGUAACAAGACGUUCUUCAACGGGCCCGUCACUAUCAAACAGGUGGUAUACGCCAAGGAUGUGGAGGGCGCCGCUGCCACGGCCGUGCCCGCCGCCGGCACGGGCGCUAGCGUCGCGCACGUCGACCCCGCCGCCCCCGACAAGACCGCCGUCGUCGCCGAAGGCGUCCCCCUCAAGGUGCUGCAGCCCAUCGUCGCCAACGGCAAGGCGGCGCGCGCCAACGGUGCUGUUCCUUCCACAAGCAAUGAGUCCGUGACGGGAACCAACUGCUGCGAAAUACCUGGCUUCUCCGGAGCCGGCAAACCAGGUGAAGGAGAGGGCGUCCGCCGGAGCUGGUGGCGCCGCCUGUGGAAGACGACCAGGGAGCGCAACAUGGCGCUGUGCGGCGCGGCAGCGGCGCUCCUGCUGGUGGGGGGCAUCAUGAGCGUGACCAGCGCGCUCAUCAGGGACUUCAACAGGGCUUCGUACAAGCCCAGCGUGCCCGAGCUGCCCAAGCCCUGGGAGACAGCCGAGACGAACGUUACGCUGAGCGGCAAGCUGUACAUCGUCCCUCGUCGCGACUGGCUGGCUAUGCCGCGGCUGGACCCCCCGGACUACUUGCAUCCGCCGGUGCCCUACGUCAUCAUCAGCCACUCAGCCACAGAGGGCUGCGACACGCAGGCCGCCUGCACGCAGAUGGUGCGCUUCAUCCAGACCUUCCACAUGGAGAGCCGGCACUGGUCCGACGUCGGCUACAACUUCAUGGUGGGCGGCGACGGAUACGCGUACGAAGGCCGCGGUUGGACUGUAAUCGGGGCGCACACCUACGGCUACAACAACCGCAGCAUCGGCCUCAACAUGAUCGGCACCUUCAUCAAAGUGCUACCCUCGGAAGCGCAGUUGGUCGCCCUGCGCCAGCUCAUAGAGUUGGGCGUCCGGGAAGGCUACGUCGCCGAGAACUACAAGCUGCUGGCGCACCGGCAACUGUCCGCCACCGAGAGCCCAGGCACCAGGUUGUAUGAGGAGCUGAAGACGUGGCCCCACUGGUCCCAAACCCCGUGAGCCUUCCUUUCACCUUGUGAAACAUUCGACUUGUCUGAAGUUGGGCCCCUUAUCCUUGAGACCACGAAGCAGGUCUGGUGAACAUUGGAAAUCUUUGACGUCAGGGCCCAAGUCCUCUGAGGCGACAAACCAGCUCUGGUGCAUAUUGGAUACGACUGACGCCCGUUUCCUGAAACUUAAGUCCUGAUCCGUACUGGUCACCUUUUAUGAGGCCACGGGGCAACAGCAUCUAAACAGGCUAACUCAAAGGUGCAAGAGUCAAAUACAAUAAUAUAGUAGAGACUAUGCACGUUCUUAUGCAGACUUACACAGCCAUUGUAACCGAACGUAAAAUCUUCUGGGCGAUCAGGCGUGUUAUUUUCGGCUUGUGCUGCUUCUACAAACUUCAACUGUCGAAAGCCAGUGAGAACAAUCUCCCGUGUUCUUUCUGAAGAAAUGGCAUUAAAAAUUCCCACGGCUCCGCCUUACAGACAGUUUUUCAUGUAUAGUCAUCGCUAUUAAUCAAGUGCACAAAAACCAAUUAAGGGGGGUAAGACGUCAAACGGGCCGACUUCGAGCAGGAGAGGCACCACAGGACAUUUUAAUUUCUACUGACUAUACUUUUACAAAUAAAUUCAUAAAACUUUGUCAGCAUGACCAGGAAGGA